AUGACAUGCAAGGCACGAGAACAUCUCAGCGAGAGGUCAGACGGUCACUACGUGCGCUUCUCCUCACAGGUCCCUCCCGGCAGUCCGAAAAUGACAGAGAGGGCCCCGUGGUGGAAAGCCUUCCUGCCCAGGAAAAAGAGCGGCGCCGCCAAGGACCUGGGCCCGGCCCAGGGCUUCGGCCCGGACUUUAACCCGUUCGCGCAGCAGUCGGAGAAACCCAAAGAAACCCCCCCGGCCGCCGCCUCCAAGACCCCCUGCGACCAGUCCCUGUCCCGGCAGGAGUCCGGCAAGGGCUCCAGCCUCCUCAGCGACGACACCUUCGACGACUCCAACCUGGAGUCGGUGUUCAACGAGCAGACGUGUCGCAGGAACAUGAAGGUGUCGCGCUCGGGCCGGUUCAAAGAGAAGAGGAGGGUGCGCUCCACUCUUCCGUUGGAGGAGAAAGAGACAGAGAACGCCGCGCCGGGAAAAGGAGACGUGCGGUGA